AUGUGUGACAGGUUGCAGUGCACGGCUCUUCAUAAUCCAGAUUUUACCGCUGAUGAUGACUCAUGGGACAACAGUUCUGCAGAAUUUGAGCAAAGGUUUCAACUGGGAAGUGAAAUUACUAGUUUGUCCAGAUCUGCUUCUUCUGAGAAAUAUGAAAUCUUGGACAACCUUCAUGUCAAGUUCAAUUUAUCAAAGAUGAGAUGCUGUCUAAAAUUCCUAAAAGUUUCAGGCCUUUUUAUCUUUGUAGUUGUCUGCUCUAUUUUAUUUGGCAUUUAUCCAGAUCAAGGUGUGUCCUGGCAGAUGUUGGCUGUGUCACCUCUGGAAAGCUUCUCUAUGAAUCUGACCGAUUUCCGUGAUUCUGCUCUGUUGAAGUUAGACAUAGGAGGCCCAUUUGUAGCAGAUGUAGCUGAUCAGCCAACAGAGGAAUACAUUGUAGUACAGAUCAACCAGAGUGAAGACACUCGAUCAAGGAGCAGACAGCAGCAGCAGGUGGUAUACAACUGGUCUCUACCCUUAAGUUCAAGAAGAAAUCAGCAAAUCAUCACAACUAGAACCUUUCAGAUACCAAACAGAGGCACCAUCUUCAUAAACAUUCAAGCUUUCCUACAGGAGCCUGGAAGUGUUCCUCUCUCCAUGAGGCAUCAAUACCUUCAUGCAAAUAUAGAGGCACAAGUAACAAUUGCGUCCAUCAUCUUAGUAGGUGUCUACGUGCUGAUCAUACUGGAAAUUGUUCACAGGACCCUUGCAGCGAUGCUGGGCUCUUUGGCAGCUUUAGCCACCUUAGCUACUGUUGGGGAG